AUGAAACAGCAGCGGCACAACAAUGAUGACGGCGAUGGCAGCAAGGAAGUUGAAAUUUCUUUAGAAGAAAGUGUGCUGCCUAACCAUGAGAUCGUAAACUGCGAGAACUCCAAUCGUGUAAAACCGGAAGUGAAGAGAAGUGACGCCGUCGAUGGCGUGCAAGUGGAAAUUUCUUCUGAGCAAACUCUAGCACGAAAGCAUCAGACAGUAAACUCCAAGAACUCCAACGGUAUAAAAAUGGAGCCAAAGACCAGUGAUACCGCCGAUGGGAAGCAGUUUCAAAGUUCUUCUGAGGAGAGUCUGGCACCAAAGGAUGAGAUCGGAAACUCUAAGAACACCAAGCGUAUAAAAUCGGAAGUGAAGAGAAGUGACGUCGUCGAUGGCUUGCAAAUGGAAAUUUCUUCUGUGCAAACUCUGGCACAAAAGCAUCAGAUGGUAAACUGCAAGAACUCCCAGCGUAUAAACGUGAAGGGAAAGGGCAAUGAUGCCGUCGAUGGCAAGGAAGACAAAAUUUCUUUGCAAGAAAGUGUGUUAUCAAAGCAAGAAAUUGUUAUCUCCAAGAACGCGAAAUGCAUAAAAUCGGACCAAAAGACCGGCGAUGCCGUCGAUGGCAAGCAAGUUGAAACUUCUGUGAAACAUGAGGGAAACUCUAAGUUGUCCAAGCGCACAAAACCGGCGCGAAAGACCAGUGAUGUCGUCGAUGGCAAGAACAUCGAAAUUUCUUCUGUGAAACAUCCGGCACCAACGCAUGAGAUGGGAAACUGCAACAACUCCGAGCGUACAAAACCGAAUGGAAAGAGUAGUGAUGCCAUCGAUGGCGAGCAAGCUGAAAAUUUAUCUGAGGAAGGUCUUGUACCAAAGCAUGCGAUCGGAAACUGCAACAACUACGAGCGUAUAAAACCGAACGGAAAGAGCAGUGAUGUCAUCGAUGGCGAGGAACGGGAGAUUUCUUCUGACGAAGGUCUUGUACCAAAGGAUGCGACCGUAAACUGCAACAUUUCCAAGGAGAUGAAACCGAAGGGAAAGAGCAGUGAUGCCGUCGAUGGCGUGAAGGCUCAAAUUUUGUCUGAGGAAAGCCUUUUACCAAAGCAUGCGAUCGUAAACUACAAGAACUCCAAGCGUAGAAAGCUGAAGGGAAAGAACAGUGAUACCGUCAGUGGAGAUCAAGCUGAAAUUGCUUCUGAGGAAAAUUUUGUACCAAAGCAUGCGACCGUAAACUGCAAGAAUUCCAAGCAUAGAAAGCCUAAGGGAAAGAACAGUGAUGCCGUUGGUGGCGAGGAAGCUGUAAUUUCUUCUGAAGAAAGUCUUAUACCAAAGCAUGCGAUCGGAAACUGUAUGAACUCCAAGCGUAUAAAACCAGAAGUAAAGACUAGUGAUGCCGUCGAUAGCGAGCGAGUUGAAAUUUGCUCUGAGGAAAGUCUGUUACCAACGGAUGAGAUCAGCUCGAUAUGUAUGGAACGGGAGCGAAAGACCAGUGUUGCCGUCGAUGGCGAGCGAAUUGAAAUUACUUCUGAGGAAAGUCUGUUACCAAUGCAUGAGAUCGUAAACUACAAGAACUCGAAGCGUACAAACGUGGAGCGAAGGACCAGUGAGGAGGUCGAUAGCAAGCAAGGUGAAAUUUCUUCUGAGGAAAGUGUGGUACCAAAGCAUGACAUCGUAAAUAUUGCGUUCAUGUUUGGAAUGAUAUCGGUGAUCUCCAAGAACUCGGUGUGUAUAGAACGGGAGGGAAAGACCAGUGUUGCCGUCGAUGGCGAGCGAGUUGAAUUUUCUUCUGAGGAAAGUCUGGUGCCGGAGGAUGCGAUCGCAAAGUGUAAGAACUCGAAGCAGAUGAAACCGAAGGAAAAGAGGAGUGAUGCCGUCGAUGGCGAACAGGUUGAAAUUUCUUCUGAGGAAAGUCUUGUACCAAAGCGUACGAUCGCAGAGUGUUUAGCAGUUCAUCCUCCCGGCAGAGCAAUCUACCCUGCACCAUCUUUUACCAUAUGGGAAGUGGACGGCAAAGAAACUGCCUACUGUGAGAAUCUUUGCCUGUUUGCAACGUUUUUUAUUGAAGAUAAGGUUGCGGGAAGCAAUGUUCUUCGCUAUUACUUCUACAUUCUUACGAUAAAUGAAGCAGACACGCAUAAAAUGAUUGGUUAUUUUUCGAAGGAAAAAAAUAAGCGCACCCGAAACAACUUGUCGUGCAUAAUGGUGAUGCCGCAAUAUCGGUCGAAGGGAUACGGGAAACUGCUGAUUGAAUUCAGUAAGUUUUUCAGCUUAUUGUACACCGUAUGCAAAAAUAGCUUCAAGUACACGUGUCUGCAAUGGACCUUAUAA